AUGGUCGCCGCCAUCUCACUUGACGAACUCAAAAACCUUGAAUCUUGUCUCCUCAACACCUCCCAAGAUGCUCCACUGCACACCAGGUUUCGUGCUCUAUUCACACUCAAAGCCCUCAAAAACGAUGAUGCUGUUGCCAUAAUCUCAAAAGGCUUUAAGGAUCCAUCAGCCUUGCUCAAGCAUGAACUAGCAUACUGUCUUGGGCAGAUGAAGAAUACAUCGGCCCUCCCCACCCUUGAGGUCGUUCUGAAGGAUACAUCCGAGGACCCAAUGGUACGGCAUGAGGCAGCUGAGGCUAUGGGCGCAAUUUCUGCCUCGUCAUCUGUCCCCAUCCUCAAGCAAUUCCUCUCCGACCCCGAAAGAACUGUUCGGGAAACAUGCGAAAUUGCAAUCGCUAAAAUCGAAUGGGACAACUCAGAGGAGGGUCAAAGACAUCACCAACUUUCGAACGAAUCAACCAGACCUCUAUAUACCUCAAUUGACCCCGCCCCCGCGAGCUCUGGCUUACUCGAAGGGACUCCAAAACCAGAGGAUGUGUCUGGAGAUGGGGUUUCUGCUCUACAAAAGGAGCUCGUAGAUAAGUCCUUACCUUUAUUCCAGCGCUAUCGCGCCAUGUUCGCUCUAAGGAAUAUCGGUACCCCGGCCGCCGUUGACGCCCUUGCUUCUGGUUUCUCAGAUGACAGUGCUCUCUUCAAACAUGAAAUAGCCUUCGUUUUCGGCCAGCUCUUGUCGUCACAUUCUGUUCCCCCGCUUUUAGACGUCCUAAGAAAUACAACAGAAUCUGAUAUGGUGCGCCACGAAGCAGCCGAGGCGCUCGGCGGGAUCGCCACACCGGAAGUCCUUCCUCAUCUUCAAGAAUGGAUGGCCAAAGAAGAUGCUCCAAGGGUCGUCAGGGAGAGUUGUCAGGUCGCAAUUGAUAUGUGGGAGCACGAAAAUUCGGAUGAAUUUCAGUAUGCUGAUGGGCUGGGGAGCACCAUUCCCAUCGCUCAGGUUGGCGCUUGAUGACAGUAGAAAAUAAGAAGGGCAAGACGUCACUGACCACUUCUUCAAGGUCAACACACUACAGAGACGGAUAUCACGACGUCCUCGAGGUUCCAUGAUUGCUGGUUUGGCUCAAAUCGGCGUCCUGAACAGUGGCUACCAAUAUAGCUCGUUCGAUAGCAUGUCUUGAGUUAUUUGGGUUAGGUGGCUGACCCCAUGUGUUCAACAAGCUGGCUAUCGCACUGAGAUCGUCGCCUCUGCCAAUGUCAUCUGCUAAAAUACGGUCCCGCCGCCAACUUACUCGUCAACGUCCUCUGGCUUGUCAACAUGGAGGUUCGUUCGAGUCGGACUAAUAGAUCGACAGCGGCAAAACGCUUCUUAGCCUAGGGAUAUUCAUUGGAUCGAUCUACUUUCGCCCCCAGGCCAGGACGAGCUAGGCUUAUAUAUAGCUCACAGAAGCUGGGCUCAUUCAACGAGAGUGGACCCGUUCUACACUGUACUUCUCCCCUUUCGUGGUUGUGCUUUUUCCAAUACUCUUCCCACUCUCUUCGUCGCUGCCUUCAUCA